CGCCGCCUCCGCGCUCGUGGCCCGCACCCGCGGGGCCGCCUCCUCCCGGCUUCCCGGCGCCGCUGGGCUCCCGGGCGGGCGGCAGGUGCAGCGCGGCCGGGCGGCCGGCGAGGGGGGCGCCGCGGCGGCGACUGGAUGAGAGUUGGCCCCGAUCUCCGCGCAGGGGACCCCGACCGUCAUGUUAAGGUGAAGCAGAGGAGCUCGGUGCUGAACAUGCUAAGGAGGCUGGACAAAAUCAGGUUCAGAGGUCACAAGAGAGAUGACUUCCUCGAUCUAGCAGAGUCUCCAAACGCCUCGGACACCGAAUGUGGAGACGAAAUACCCCUGAAAGUACCUCGGACCUCGCCCCGGGACAGCGAGGAGCUGAGGGACCCUGCUGGUCCAGGGACACUCAUCAUGGCCGCAGGAGUCCAGGACUUUAACCGGACAGAGUUUGAUCGACUGAAUGAGAUCAAAGGUCACCUGGAAAUCGCCUUAUUGGAAAAACACUUCUUACAGGAGGAGCUCCGGAAGCUGCGAGAAGAAACUAACUCGGAGAUGCUGAGGCAGGAGCUGGACCGGGAGCGGCAGCGGAGGAUGGAGCUGGAGCAGAAGGUGCAGGAGGUGCUGAAGGCCAGAACCGAGGAGCAGACAGCUCAGCCGCCGCCAAAGGGGCAGACCCAGGCCACCAAUGGAGCAGACCGCCGGAGCCAGGGGCUGUCCUCCCGCGCCCAGAAGUGGUUCUACGAGAAGUUCGGGAUGUACGUGGAGGACUUCCGCUUCCAGCCCGAGGAGAGCACCGUAGAGGCGGAGGAGCCCCUCAGCGCCCGCAGGUUGACUGAGAACAUGAGGCGCCUCAAGCGUGGUGCCAAGCCUGUCACCAACUUCGUGAAGAACCUCUCUGCCUUAUCUGACUGGUACUCCGUCUACACGUCGGCCAUCGCCUUCACCGUGUACAUGAAUGCUGUGUGGCACGGCUGGGCCAUCCCGUUGUUCCUGUUUUUAGCAAUUCUGCGGUUGUCCCUCAAUUACCUCAUCGCCAGGGGCUGGAGGAUUCAGUGGAGCAUCGUGCCAGAGGUGUCUGAAGCUGUGGAACCUCCCAAGGAGGACCUGACCGUGUCCGAGAAGUUCCAGCUGGUGCUGGACGUCGCCCAGAAAGCCCAGAACCUGUUUGGCAAGAUGGCCGACAUCCUGGAAAAGAUCAAGAACUUGUUCAUGUGGGUGCAGCCGGAGACCACGCAGAAGCUGUACGUGGCGCUCUGGGCUGCCUUCCUGGCCUCCUGCUUCUUCCCCUACCGCCUGGUGGGGCUCACCGUGGGGCUCUAUGCCGGCAUCAAAUUUUUCCUCAUCGAUUUCAUCUUUAAACGCUGCCCGAGACUGCGAGCCAAGUAUGACACACCCUACAUCAUUUGGAAGAGCCUCCCCACAGACCCCCAGCUCAAGGAGCGCUCCAGUGCCGCUGUGUCGCGCAGGCUGCAGACGACCUCGUCGCGGAGCUGCGUGUCCAGCAUGCCGGCGGGGCUGGGUAAGGAGGAGGACGCCGGGCGCUUCCACAGCACCAAGAAGGGCAACUUCCACGAAAUCUUCAACCUCACGGAGAACGAGCGGCCGCUGGCCGUGUGUGAGAACGGCUGGCGCUGCUGCCUGAUCAACAGGGACCGCAAGAUGCCCACGGACUACAUCCGCAACGGCGUGCUCUACGUGACGGAGAAUUACUUGUGCUUCGAAAGCUCCAAAUCGGGGUCUUCAAAGAGGAACAAGGUCAUCAAACUGAUGGACAUCACAGACAUCCAGAAGUACAAGGUCCUGUCUGUCCUCCCAGGCUCAGGCAUGGGGAUUGCAGUAUCGACGCCAUCGACCCAGAAACCGCUUGUGUUUGGGGCCAUGGUGCACAGAGAUGAGGCCUUCGAGACCAUCUUCAGCCAGUACGUGAAAAUCACGUCCGCAGCAGCGUCCGGUGGUGACAGCUAGUAUUGACUUUCCCGGGACAUUGCUGGAAUUUUUUUUUUUUUAAUAAUUUGGUAGUGGAAAAAGAUUGGACAUCCUCAUCUUUUGCAAUAAUUCUCCUUGACCUGUGGUUUUGAUUGUGUUGACUCCUGCGUUUUAUGGACCAUGAAGGGCUGGGGCCCCCUGAGGACGGAGGGAGCCCCUGCCCCGGCUGCGCCGAUGGACACGGUGGACACGGCGGGCGGAGGAGCCGCGGGGCUGCCAGGAGGAAGCGGUGCCAGCCCCCAUUCCCCACCUCGGCCUGCAUUGAGAGACGGCGCCGGGCACCGAGGGGCACUCGGGACCCCACCUCCCUGCUCUCCAGAGGCUAGAAGCUUUUCCUCCACCAAAGCCAUAGCUGAGGAGCAUUUGCAGUUAGUAAGGUGACAGUGAGGGGUGACUCGGGGGCCCCUUCGCCAGCCACCAAGAAAUGGGCUGGUCACUCUUCUGCCUCGUCCAGCAAGCCCCGCCUGCUGGGGUCCCCCACGGAGCGCUGGGGCCUGUGCUGUGCCCACCCUACAUGGGAGCGUGAGGGCUGGUGGGAGGGGCCCUGCCUCCUGCUCCCUCCGAGCUGGGCGUGUCCACUGGCACCGUCCUCGCCAGUCCUGCGGUGCCCUGGCCUGGCGCAGCACCUGCACAGCCACCGGCCCGUCUUGGCUUCACACCAGCCAGGAGGUCCUCAGCUGGUGACCCGUGACGGUCCAGAAUGGUAAAAGCACAUCUUUUUAGCACUUUGCUCUUUGGGAAGGCCCAGGAGGACAUCUGCGAAGGCUUUUGGGGGUGCCCCGAGGUUCGCUGGCUCUCAGAUGAAAGCCAAGCCCAGCCCGGCUGGCACUCGGCCCCCGGCUGCUGGCACUGGAGUUGGUGUAUGGGGGGGAUGGGCAGGUGCGUCCCAAACCCACGGUGGCCCUCGCUGCAGAUGCCCUUCCCGUGUCAGGGAGGCUUGGGGGUCCUCUGCUUUAGGGAGCGACCAUGAGCAGAGCCCAGAGGCUCGGGGCCCGCACAGCCUGCCCCCCGCCCCCCGGCGUCCGACAGUAUCCCCGCCCCAGGAAGCCCAGGCUUCCCACGAACUAGGCUGGUGGGGGCCGGAGGAAGCCUCUCACAGGCCUGGCUUGUUCUGGGCCGCCUGCCUCGGGCUGGGAGUGAGGAGCAAGGCCGCCUGGCGUCUGGGGCAGGCUGCGGCCUCCAAGGACGCAGCCCCCUGGCCUGGGCGCCUCUGGGGCAGGUCGCUCCAGUUCCUUCAGCUUGUCCCGAGUCUUUUGGGUAUUGUUGAGAUUGUUUUUUGAAGAAACAGAAGAUUAUAUUUUUUACAGAGAGCAAGCUGUUUUUCUUAUUUUUAUAUCAUUUUUCAGAUGUAAUUUUUACCUUUGCUCCGAUCCUCAUUUGCUGGUUUGGGUGAGAGACCUGCAGGGCUGCAGGGUCCCACGCGGGGGCCGGGGGCGCGGGGAGCCAGGCAGACCAGCGGGGUUAAGCACACUUCCCACCCCAACGGUGACACCCCCGCCGCUCCCGGCUACACGGAUGUCAGCGUUGCAGGUCACCGCGUGCAGCCUUUCCUAGGUGACGGCAGAGCCCGCUCACCAUGGCUGCGGCCGCUGCCUGGACCAGCUCUCUCAGGUGCGUGGGGUGGGGGGAGACAGUGCCCAGGGCAAGGCUGGGUGGGCCCUGAUCUGUCCCCAGCAGUGGCUAGGGCUGACACCCGUGGGUGAUGGUCAUACCUCUCUGGACCCCUGGCAAUGCCCAGCGGUGGGGCCUGGGGGCCUUGGGGUCAGCGAGUGCCACUUUUUAGGGGCGCUGGGAUCCUGUCCCCAGCACGGUGAGGAGGGGCCCCUGCGGCGAGCCGGGCUGCUUGCGCAGAGCGGGUGGGUGGUUUAGUUCGAGUCCCUUUUGAGGAGAAGGGAGAUGAAAACUGACCACGAGCUGGUGUGGCCGCCGGGCUCCCGGCCAGGGCCCCGAGUUGCACAGCUGGUGGCGGCAGGUCCCCUGGGGAAGGCGCACGCGGACCUGCGCGGGCCCUGGACUCCCGGCAGGGAGAAGCUGCAGUUUCACUGAAUCGUAUAAAUCUGGGCAGAUGUUUAAUUUCUAUGACUAAUCACUGAACUAGAAUGAAUGUUAAAUUUUUUAUGUCUGAAGCCUGAGUCUAUUUUCGAUCUGUAAAUAAUCAUUACCAGUGUGACUUUUGUUCAAGAAAAAAAAUUGUACUGUAUGAAGAACCCAUGGGAAAAAAAAAAACCCUGUAACAUUUUUUUAAGAAAACUUCAUUUGUUUAAAGAAGUCUUGUAUAAAUUAUAAUUUUUAUUUAAAUAAAUCUAAAAUGCUUUGUGCUAA